AUGAACACUCCUUCCUGCGCUUCCAUCCUUUUCGCUCCGCUUCAAGACGAGGUUGGAGUGCAGGCGCUGCAGCAUUUAUGCAAGUGUGCGCUGGGGGUGCGCAAGGUGUGUGUCCGCAUUGGUGAAGCGAGCCACCCCGGGCCUCGCCCACAGCCCGAGCGGCCUGACCUACUCCUUCGUGACGUUCCGUUGGUUGAACCGACUACUGCUGGUCUACAAGUUGCGAUCUGGUCGAGAUUCCUGAGCUGGGUUGUCGAGGGCACAGGGGAAGAGGCUGCUAACUCCAUUUCGCUUGUGCCGGAAGUUCUGGUUGAGAUGUUGUGCGCGUUCGGGCAAGUGCUCUACAGCAGCGGGUCUCCGCUGCAACACUUUCGACAACUGCUCGAGACCCCCCAACGUCGUUGCCCUCUCUGUCGUCCAUUGCUGAAGCCAGGAUGGGAAACUCUCAGUCGCUGGGAGCGCCUGGAGCCCGUUCAACAUCGCCCUCCUCUACCGGAGCCCAUCUUCGAGGCCAUGAUCAGUCUUGCUUUGAGCCUAGGCUGGUUUCGCUGGGCAGUCGUGACGAUGUUGGGGUUUUACGGAUGCUGCAGGGGAGGUUUUGAAGGCCCGCCGGCAGGACCUUCAGAUGCCGUGCGACUUGCUGAGGGCGGACUGCAGGUUCUUCCUUCAGAUCGUCGAGCCCAAAACCAGAGGGCGAGGACCGAGGAUCCAGCAAGUCACAUCCUCUCAGUCACAGGUCCGAUCAAGCAUAAAAUACACAAGCUCUAUGUUCGCACACAGGGUUCGGAUCGAAGACUUCUUCUAUCACCAGGCUAUCCAGCCAAAUGGGUAUUGCUGGUCGACCAGGCGGAAUACCUUGGACUCAUCAUUUCUUACAAUCACUUCGAGAAACAAUCGGUACACCAUCGGCUUGCAAAGGCCAAUCAUCGGCGGUGGGCGCUGGCGCCAAUUCUGCACACCAAACAGAUGUCGAUAGCCUACAAGCUGCAGCUGUGGCAGAGCUGCGUGCUCUCCACCAUGAUGUACGCUCUUCACUGUUUCUGUUUAUCGUCAGGUCACAUCCACUCCUUGCAGAAGACGAUUAUGAAACACGUUAGGGCCAUUGUAUCGAACCAAGCCUUCCUCAAGGGCACCACGCAUGAGGAGGUUAUGCAGAAAUAUCACCUUAGGCCAUUGGUCGCAGUCUUCAAGAAGCUGCUCAUGCUGAGCAGCCUGAGUCGGAUGCUGAACAAGAGGAUGCACGGAUUGGACCAGGACAUGGCGGACUUCUUCGGGGACUACCAGGAUAUGGAGGAGAUGCCGGGCACUAUGCCCCCAGCGGGAGUUCCACCCAGGAACCCCUUCACGACUCCCAACAAGAGACGUCGGGAUCCGUUCGGGACUUACCGGCCCACACCCUCACCUUUUCGAGCACCUCAGUACCCUCAGGGACCACAUCCACCUCGCGCUCCGCACAGAGAUCCAUUGCUCUUUACUUUGGCAAGAACGGUCCUCAAGCAGCAGGAGGAGCUGCAAGUCCUCCGUCAGGACACGUCUUACAUACUGUUCCUCAAGGCGGGGGAGUACUCCGCCUUGAGCCACCUCUAUCAAACAGCUGUCAAAUUCAAAAAGCAGCAGGAGGCGGACCCAGGAUGGAAGCUAGGACAUGUUCCCCUUCGGAUGGUUCUUGCGGUGGCACUGUUCAAGGAAUUGAUCGAUCGGCUGAACCAAGUACUGGCCUCUCAGGAGAAGCUCAAAAUGGUGACGGACAAAGGCUGGAGAAACGAGUCAGGGUGGAGGUUCCAACGCUGGAACCCCACCCUGAAACAUCUAAGCCCUCUACCGGACGACCAGCUCCUGGAUCACCUGGCUACCAUUCUUCAGUGUCUCAAGCAUCCCAUCGUGAACCGCUUCACGUGCAAGAGAAAACUUACAGAAACAAUGACGUCCCAGGCAACUUUCGUCCUGGAUGUUUCUCUCAGGAGUCAGUUCUCCACAACUCUUUGGGAAACUCUGCGGCUUCUUCAGAACAAUGCGGUCUUCCAGCUCAUCGCCACCAACUACAAAACGGAGAACCUUGGCCGGAGCCCAAUGGAGCAGCGCAUUCGCGAUCUGAUGUACGGCCAGCAGUGA